GGAGCAGGGCAUACUCCACCGGAGUAUAAACCUCGUGAAAGUCUGGCGAUGUUUAGAAGCUCCGGUCACCGGCCCCCGUCGCCGUCGCUGACCGUCGGCGUCGACCCGACCCAACCUCCGGGCCCGACCUCCGGCUCCGGCGCCGACCCUCUCUCCCUCUCUCCCGCACCUGUCCCCGGUCCCUGGCGCCGACCCGACUCCACCGCCGGCACCGACCUUCGGUCCGCGGCGCCGACCCCGUCGCCGCUCCCCGCCACCCUCCGGCGCCAACGGCCGGUUCCAAGCCGGUCCCUCCCUCCCCCCCCGGUUGUGCAGACCCCCACCCCACCCUUACCUGUCCUGCCCAUACCCCCCCGGCGGGGUACACCAGCCCUUCCCCCAGCCAGCCGCCGCCCGAUCCCCAGCCGCCACCCGCCGCUCCGUCUCCAGCAGUCGCAGCCCCAAGC